AUGUCCGGAGGAUGCCAGGCCACAGUGGGCACAGCACCGGGCAGUGGAGUCAAGAUUGCGCGGGCAGAGCAAGGCUGCAGCCGCGAAACAGCAGCAGAAGUCCUGAUGAGCGAGGCUUGCCGUGCCGUGAGUACGCAAAAGUAUUCAGAGUCGGCUGGAAGCCUGCCUUCGAAUUCGACAGCCAGUGCCAGUAGCCCGACGGAUUCGACUUCGACUGUCUCGCCCAGAAGUUGCCUCGGCUUUGCUGCACUUGAGGAAGUCAAAGAGGUAGAAGCCCACUUCGAGGCUGUGAGUGGGGAGGUCCAGCAGUGGAGCCCGACAAGCUUCGAGUUUCAACGGACUUUGGAGAAAGCUGCUCGAAAUCAAGGACAUGUAAGCUUAAUGAAGUGCGUCAACGACGGUAGCUUUGUGGCAGUGAAGGUCAUGCCAAUUUCCUGGACAUCGACAGGCCACCAGCAGCAUCGACUGCAUCAUCCGGAGGAUACAGAGAAUCCCUGGGUGGAUCUCGGCAUCGUUCGGCACCUGAGUAAGAAGGGAGUCAACUUCCUAUGCCACCCUCAGGGCAUCUUUCGAGAUAAUGCAUGGCUUUACUGCGCCUCCGAUGUCGCAACAGAAGGCGACUUCUUCACCUUCGUGACUCCAGGACCCGAGCCGGGCCUAGAGAGAGAAGAGGCGCUAAGACCCUUCAUGGUGCAGCUGUUCUCAGCCAUGCGAUACCUACAUGAUCGUUACAUCGCUCACUGCGACAUUUCUAUGGAAAAUAUUCUUGUUUCCAAAAAGCUCACCGAUGGGCAUCUUCAGGUGAAGAUUAUAGACUUUAGCAUGGCCGUCGUCGGCGAAAAGAUGACUUGUGGCCAUCGUGGGAAGCCUUCGUACCAGGCACCGGAGAUGACGUUGACGCAGUUCUACGACCCCUUUCUGGUCGAUUGCUUCGGUAUGGGAGUUGUCCUCUUCUCAGCUGCUGCACGGGCAUACCCGUGGCUGUGCACGGUACAGGGCCGAUGCAAGUGUUUCGAUUACGUGCGAGAACAUGGUCACAGGAAAUUUUGGAGGAUCCGAAAGGUCAAGAAGACUCAGCCUACCAAGAACAUUGACCAGUGCUUCUCAGAGGAAUUGAAAUUGCUCGUUGAGGGCCUCCUUGCCCUCCAGCCUUCGGAGCGUUUUUCCAUCGACGAAGCAUUCGGCCUCGCAUGGCUGAGAGAUGGUGAUGGCACUGUGGCCGCCGCCUGCACUCCCUUUGGCAGCUCUUCGGCUUUCAGUUAG